AUGCUCGAAAGUGACGACUUGGGCGGCGAUGGUUUCGACUGGGAUCAACAGCGCAUCGACAGGAUGAUGGACAGACUGCGCCAGCUCUUCGCCCUCUUCAAACGGACACUGCCCGAGCCUCGAUACGACCUCUGGAUCGGGCUGUACAAGAAGUUCUUCGUCGGCACCGUCACCGUCAAGGAGUUUGCCGAUCAAACUGGCGACAUUCUACAAGGAGCCCUUCAAGCCGAGAACGGCGAGGUGCGGGCGGCGCUGUGGGAAAUCGCAAGGACGAAUCUGAGGUGGAAGCGGCGACAACGCGACUACGACUCGAAUGGACAGCCACUCCCGCUCCGCUCGAUCGUCACUUUCGGAGAUCGCCGCGCUCUGCUGGCCAUCAGAUGCGCCGAGAGGGGAGCGUCCUUCGAGAGGGAACUCGUUGAUGUGCUCGUCGAGGCCGGCAAUGACUAUAUUCAGGAACUCGUGCUGUCAAGUUGCCCCCAAGCCGACGGUAUCGAUGGCUUCAUCGAGACGGCCGGGGCUCAGGGGCCAUUCGGGAUCCCGGAUCUGCAUCAUCUACUACGCAAAAGAAGCACAGAUCCGGAGCUGCCAGAGGAGAUGCGAGAAUUGGCCGCCCGACAGCUAGCCACCACCAUCGAAAAGACGACUGAAGCACAGAGAACGGCUCGGCCACCACGAUGGGAUGCCGAGGCGGAUGAGGAGGAUGAGGAUCUCUACGCGGACGCCUUCGAUUUGGACGAGUUUGAAGCGGAUGUGCUUGGGCAGCCUGUAAGAGAAGACGAUGACGAUCAGGGAAAGAUGAAGGCGUACGAAGAGGUGGAUUCUGAUGAGGAGGAGCACGAGAUGGAGGACGGGACGCUGGCCGGGGUCGAGCAGCUCUCCCAGCGUGUAGAUGACCACGACUUGACGCUCGACCUCUUGGAGGAGUCUGAAAGUGAGGAGGAGGAAGAGCCCGAGGAGAAGGAGCACGACAAGAAGCAGCCUCCGACCAGGCCGAAGAAGGACGAGGAGGAGGAGCUGGACACGAAAAAGCCUCCGACUAGCCCGGAAAAAGACGAGGAGCACGAGCCGGUGGAGGAGGAGCUGGACAAGAAGUCUCCGAUCAAGCCUAAGAAAGCCCUCCCGGCUCUGGUGGACUAUGACGAGGAGGAGGAGGAGCAGCUUUUGGAGCACGACAUCCCGCCGUCGCCCGUCGAGAAGGAGACGCUCACCGGAAAUGCCGCCAAAUCGGGAGCUGAAGCUGAACAGCCGCAUUUUGACGGCCGUGGCGAUCACAACGAGGAGAUGGCCAGAAAUCGGGAAGCUGACGAUUCGGCAGAUGAUCUCGACAUGACGGCGACGAUGGGCCAAUUUGACGACGCGCUCGACGUGCAGCACCAGGAGUUGAACAACACGCUCGACGAGGCCAAGUCGAACGCGUCGGCGUCGUCAGCGGGUGAAGCUGCUCAGACGGCCGGCCGAGGCGAUGACGUCGUCAAGAGGUCCAAAGAUAAUGGCGACGGCGGGUGGCUGGCGGACUGGCGGAAAACGGUCAACUUGACGGCGUCGGCUGGAGACGACCAAGCUGAAGCUGCUCAACCGGGCGGACGAGGCGACGGAGACGCUCUAGCCGCCGCCCUCGGCGACGACAUCUCGUUCUCGGACCAGCCCGGGCCGUCGAAGAGGUUCAACGACCUGCUCCAGUCGAUGCCCAACGACGUCGUCCUGCCGCCCAAUUCUGAUGAUGAACGCGACGAAGACGUGCCACCACCCUCUCCGGAGCCCGUCCCCCGUCCGACGGCCAGAAAAACACGCUCACAGUCGGUGGCCGAGAAGGCGCCGCCGAAGAAACGUCAGCCACCCAAGUCCCGCGCCUCACCCAGGGCCCCGAAAAGUGGUCGAAACGCGAAAGCCGUUCUCGACGCCGACGACGACGACAAGGUCAGCCCGGCGAAGCGGAAGCGGACCAGCUCGCACUAUGACGACGAUCCGCCCUACAACCCAAGGAGGGGUCCGGCCAAGAGCAAGAAGCCCGCAAAGCCCAAGAAGCCAACGGCGGCGUCACGAUCGAAAAGCAAGGGCCGACGCGUAGAUGAUCAGCUCGACGAUGGGAACGAGUCCGACUUCGACAACUUGCCGGAAAACGACGACUGCUCGGACUCGGCGGACAAACCGGGCCCAUCAAAGCCAAAGAAAAAGAGCCCGCCGAAAAAGGAGAAGAAGAUGGUCAACAACAUGAAGGAGGGCGAGGAGGAAGAGUCGGACGACGGAUACAACCCCAAAAAGCACAAAAAGCCGACGGCGCCUUCACGCUCGAACAGAGGUGGAGAUGAUCAGCCCGUCGACGGGGACGCGUUCGACUUCAACAACUGGCCGGAAAACGACGACUUCUCGGACCCCGACAAACCGGGCCCAUCAAAGCCAAAGAGGAAAGGCCCGCCGAAACGGGAGAAGAAGAUGGCCAACAACAUCAAGGAGGACAAGGGCCACGGCGAGGAGGACGAGGUCGACACGAAGAGCAACAACAACAAGAAGAAGCCGGCCAGCAGCAAGAAGAAGCCGAAGGAAGCGGAAGAAGAUGAUGGAUGGUGGCUGCGCAACGAGCUGAUGAAUCGCGUAUGGCAGGAGGAGGCGGAUGAGGAGGAGGAGCAGGAGGACGAGCACGAGAAGAAGAGGCCGGUCACCCGCUCGCGAAGCCACAAAAAGAAA